GUCGCGUGUGACGCACGUGUUCCCAGUUCGCACGAACUCCCGUUGGACGAAAGUUUGCAAACUUUUCGUAAAAUAUUGCAGUUGUAUUGUGAAUUUUGUGCGAUUGUGGUGGAAUUUUUUGGGAUGUGUGUUGUUGUAAGAUGGUAGCCAGCGUGCGUGGUACAAUGCGAAGGGCGCUGCGCUGGUGACUGUCCUGAUGCCACCAUGAGCGGGAGACGCGGGCCCUUCCGGAGUUUCGCCAUCAGCCUCAUACAGAUCAUCACUAUUAUAUGUCAAGUGCUAACAGAGGAGCCGCGGUUCGCGGAGCCUAUCCCCAACGUGACGGUGGCGUUGGGCCGCGACGCCAGCCUGCCUUGCGUCGUGGAACACCUGGGCACAUACAAGGUGGCAUGGAUCCACAUAGACCGGCAGAUGAUCCUCACGAUCCACCGGCACGUCAUCACGCGGCUGGCUCGCUUCAGCGUGUCGCACGACAACGCCAUGACUUGGCUGCUGCACGUCAGCCAAGUGCAGCAAGAGGACCGCGGGUACUACAUGUGCCAAGUCAACACUAACCCGAUGAUCAGCCAAGUCGGAUACCUCCAAGUUGUCGUACCACCCAACAUAUUAGACGAAGAGAGCACGCAGUCGGUAGUGGCAGUGCGGGAGAAUCAGAACACAAGCCUGGUGUGCAAGGCCGAUGGAUUCCCCACACCCAAGAUUAUGUGGCGGAGAGAAGAUGGCCAGCCCAUAUCAGUAGAUAGGAGAAAGAAAGUAACAGUAUACGAAGGCGACACACUGAGUCUGCAGCGCAUCAGUCGCACGGAGAUGGGCGCCUAUCUGUGCAUCGCGACCAACGCGGUGCCGCCCUCCGUGUCCAAGAGGAUCAUAGUGGAUGUUGAAUUCUCACCCAUGAUCUGGGUGCCGAAUCAGCUGGUGGGUGCUCCAGCCGGCACCGACGUGACGGUGGACUGCCACACGGAGGCGCACCCGCGCGCCAUCUCCUACUGGGUGUACGACAACGUCAUGGUGUUGCCCACCAAGAAGUACGCCAUCAACACUGAGGAGAACUCCUAUAGGGCGCAUAUGAAGCUGACCGUGCGGAACCUGCAGGGCGGCGAUUUCGGCAACUACCGGUGUAUCUCUAAAAACUCCCUCGGGGAGACUGAAGGCUCUAUUAGGCUGUAUGAAAUCCCCAUGCCUUCAACGUCGCCAAAAGCCACAGAGAUGAAAAGCAAUGCUAAUAAAGAGACGACGCGUCGCGUGAACGCGAGCCGCGCGACGCAGCGCGACGCGGUGACGGAGCGGCCGAGCGUGGUGCGCGCGCAGCUCGACCGCGCGCCCGACCGCGCGCACGUGUACCGCGCGCCGCACCCGCACCACGCCUCAGGCACAAGAAGUCUUCAAUGCUGGCGGCAGUCUUUCUUAGCCAUCGUAAUUUUAGUUCAAAUCGAUAUUUUAACAGAUUUCGUAAUUUGUUUUUAAAACCUUUAGGAAAUUUAAUAUUUUUUUCUGUUUUCAGAAAAUUUAUAAAAUUUAACAUUAUUGUAUAUUUAAAAAAAAAUAUUGGUUGAAUAAUUGAAAAUUUAUGUUAAUUGAAAAUUUCAAUUGAUUUAUAACUAAAAUAACAUAUCAUACGGAAACAUGUAGCGCCAUAUCCUUCGUUAACAUUGAGAGUGAGAAUUUUAUAUUUAUAUUAAUGAGGUUAAUUAAUUUACAUAACCUUUACCAAACAUACGAGUAGUUUGUAAGCUGAACACAAAUUGAGGAGUCUUAACUUAUACUUCCAAACAUCUUCCACUAUUACUUUUGUUUUAGGACUAUUACUUAUAUUUGUACUUUCCAUGUUGAGUGAACAAAUUACUAAUUUAGAUUUCUAUUUUAUUUAUUAAUUUAAUUAUGUUUAAUCAAUGUUGUUAAAAUAAAAAAGAGUUAAUGGGUUACAUAAACCACAUUUAAUGUUUACAACAAAAAAUGCGAUGAUUAUGCGGCGACUGGGCUCAGGUUUGCUAAUUAGCAUAGUUUUAACGUGCCACUUGCUGUCUGCGCAUAACCUAUCUACCUCUUUUUUCUUCUAUUAUCAUUGUGUAUUACGUAUAUUUUUACAACAUACUACUCAUAUAAACCUCACGCUAAUGCUUCUGGUAAGUGGAGCAACUUUACAACAUAAUCAGUAUCGAUAUUAAAAUCCUAAGCAGGUAUUCAAAUCAUUCGCCAUCGCGACGUACUCUAAAGAUUAAAGUUUCUGCAUACCAGGAGCAUUAUCAUAGUUUUUUGUUUAAUUCGUUUAUAGCAUCUCAUAAUUAAUGUUAGAAAACAAUUAUUUUUGUAAAAUAUUUAGCUGUAAUUAAUAUUACUUUUAUGAUAUGUUUGUUUAACCAAAUUAGUUCAGUUAUUGUUUGGAUUACAAUCAUAAUCAACACUUUGUUCCUUUGUGAAAUCAGCAGAAUUAAUUUUAAUUUCAUCUCCAUUACAGUUAUAUAGUAGUUUGGAAUAGUUUAAAAUGUUAUUGUAAUAUUAUUCAUGAUUCGUGCAAACCUCUCCAUUCCCAUCCUCAAUUUACAUUUUAUACCAGUGUACCGAACCUACUUGCAUUGUGUACCUACUCGUACUACGGAAGGUAGAUUAUAGUCUGAGAGAUGGUGAAUAAUUUGUUCGGAAAUGUUUGUUAUUACAUGUUAAUUUUGUUAUAAGAAAGAAUAUUACCGUUGUCUUUGAGAGAUAGAAUAUUACAAUGAGAUUUUAGAUUGAAAAUUCGUAUGCCUUAAAUUUUCCGCCAGCGGUAUAUAAUUUUGACAGAAACUCACAACAAAUAAUAACCAUAUUAUUAAGGAGACAGUUUGCUCUAUAGAAAAAUAUUAUUUACAGUAAAUAUACACACAUUCACGUCUCGUCUCGUGUAAACACAUAUUCGGCUGUAAAACGAAAGCGUCGAUGCAAAAUUUGAAAAAACCACUAUGACGUGUUUUGCGAAAAUAUAAUAAAAAUCGGAGGCUGAAAAAUUAAAGCGUCCAUGUAAAAUUCGAAAAAACCACGUGUUUUGCGGAAAUAUAAUAAAAAAUGGAUGGUGAUAUGAUAAAGGUGAAGAUUUUCUAUUAAACCAUAAUAUAUUAAUAAAGGCAUUUCGUUUCGUCAGAAAGUAUGAGUAGGUAUUAAAAAUCUACAUAAUUGAACGAAAUUAGUUCAAAAACUGUCAUGUUUAUAUUCAUAUGUUUUUCUAAAUCAUAACUAUAUUUCAUAUCACCUGUUUCUUAAUGAAUAAUGCAAACGAACUAAUGCCGAUGCAUUUUAAUUUCAACAAUAUAUUUAUAUUUACUUAUUGUAUAAAUUAUUUAUUGACCAACUCUCAGAUGAAUUAUUAGAUACAUUUGUAUUGUAUUUAUUGUGUGCCCUGCUUCGCGUAAAAUUGUUAUUCAAAUGUGCCAAAAACUUUUCAAAAUAUUUGUAUAUCUGUCAAUAUAAUAUUUAGUAGUUAAGUUAAUUUCACCGAUUACUUUCGUCUUUGACACGGAGUUACCUAAUUCCUUGGACUAUAUCGAACAUAAUGUUGUUUUUAAAGUGAAAUUGUAAGUAAUUUCAACUUUACGACAAGAGCUCGAAUUCAUAGUAAAUCUGUUACGUCAGUAAGAUUCUUAAUAGGUCCACAAGAACUCCCUUUUAUUUGAUCACAAGCAACCCGUCCAGCUGGUCUAUUCACUAUUUUGGUCUUUAUUAUCAAUCUAAUAAAAAAACAUCAAACCAAUUGACAAAAUGUCGUUUACCUACUGUGUGAUAUCCACCAGUAAGCACCAGUCUUGACACUGAAUACACGAGGCAGUUGUACAACAAAAUUAAAAAAAAAAAUAAUAUGACGCGACGUGUGGCAGCGACAGUGAUUGUACCAUCUUUUUGUGAUAGAGGAAACAACUCGAGCAGAUCCCAGGACUUGUGACCACCUUUGUGUAAGUUUGUGGGGUACCUCUAGAUUGCAUUAAAAUUCACCUCCCCUACCCGACAUGGUCUCCAUGCCUACAUUUAACAAUUUAUGAUCAAUAAUUACAAAAUAAAACAUUGUCAAUAAUUACAACACGAAAUAUUUUUACACAAAAAUAACGCGACUAGCAGCGUGACGUAGUUCACGAUGUCUAAAAAACAACUGAACUCAAGUCAUUAAAUACCCUCGUAUUUAUAAUAAUAUAAAUAAUUAAUAUAAUACCGGAGGACGUUUUUACAUAAAAACUGUUUUUUUAACAAGUAGCAUAAGUCAAAGAUAGUGAAUUAGCCUGCUGGAGAUAUACACGUGUGUGUCGGCGCACAUGUGUCUUACAUCUAAACUAGACUUCUACUACAGGAACUAUAAAUUUUCAUGAUACCAGUCAGUUAUCUCGAGUCCCUGGAUUUAUACUUUAAUUACUUAUUUUUUUUACAUUAUCACUGAAGAAUGUAACACAAAUAUACAACGAGUGCGUUGUAAAAGAAUGAGCUCUUGUCUAAAUCUAAAAUAAUAUUAUAAAGAGGUAAGAUUUGAUUUUUUGUUUGGUUGUUUGUUACGAUCUAACUAAAACCACUUGACCGAUUUUAAAAAUUAUUUUACUAUCAGAAAGCUUCAAUGAUUAUAGCUUGCUAAGUUCGUUGAUGACACUCCCAUGAUAUGUGGGCGACGGGGGAAAGGUCAGCGCGGGUGUGAAGUAGUGCGCGCGGGGCAUCUCUACCCCCCUCCCGGCCCACGCGGACCAUCGGGAGUAUUACGCACGAAUUUCCCAAGCUAUAAGAACAUAGGUUAUAUUUGCCCCGUAUUCCCACGGGAACGGGAACUGCGCGGGUGAAACUGCGGAGCGUCUGCUAUCAGUAAAUAAUACUCUCCAAAUCUGGCUUGCCCUUCACGCUUGUAUACCUGUAAAUAUAAAUUUAAAUUACUGCACAUAAGGUUACAUUUUAACAGUUAUAUAACUUAAAUAUAAAUAAAUUUGUUAAUCUAAAAAAAUAGAUUAUGUACCUAUAAAUGUAUAAAAACAUGAAUAAGAGAUAUUAUCACUAGGUUAAAUCUUAUCUUUACAAAUUAAACAUAAUAUUAUAUUGUACAGAGGAUUGUGCGAUUUUGACGAUGUAAAUAAGAAUAUUAAAUAAAUUAGUAUAAAAUA